AUAUAAAUAAAAUAAGGAAACAUAGAAGACAUAACUAUAACAAAAUAACAAACAUAACAUAACAAACACAACAUAACAAAUUCAAUCCAAUCCGAAAUGUGAAUAGCCUAUGUUCUUUGUCGUCUCGUUUUUUUUACUAACUGUCUAGCCGCUUGAAAAAGGACGAAACGUUUUGUAAAGUUAGUAACCAAAUGUAAAUAAAGUGCUUCACACCUAACGAGCUGGCGAAUUGCUCAGGGCAGAGGCCAAGAAGCUUAAGAAGAUGAUAAAUAUUCGAAUCCUUUUUGAGGUUACGUAGGUCCUCACGCUCCAAAUUUCGGGAAAAAAAUGGCCAAAAAUCGCCUUAAAAAACAAUCGAAACGGAUGCCCGCGAAGCGGCGGUACAAGAUCGAGAAGAAAGUGCGCGAGCACAAUCGGAAACUGAGGCGGCAGGCGAAAAAGGACCCGAAAAAAACGAAACAGAAAUUGAUCGAGGUGCCGAACAUUUGCCCGUUCAAGGAAGACAUCCUCAAGGAGGUGGAGGCGUUGAAAAAGCAAAAGGAGGAGGAAAAACAGAGGCUCAAGGAGGCGCAGAAAUCGGAGAAGCAACGACGGAAAAGCGAGCAGCUAAAGUCCGGUCUGGAAGGCAUGGUGAGGAGCGCAGAGGCGAGAGGAAACCUGCACGAAACUUUAACGCCUGACGCGGCCGGUAAAGAAGAACGCGACGCGAAACAAGAAAAAUCCUUGAAACAAUAUUACAAAGAGUUCAAGAAGGUGAUCGAAGCUGCUGACGUGGUGCUGGAAGUGGUGGACGCGCGGGAUCCGUUGGGCACCAGGUGCCGUCAGGUAGAGCAGGCGGUGAACGAAUUGGGGGGCGGCAAAAAGUUGGUGCUGUUACUGAACAAGGCGGAUUUAGUGCCGCGCGAUGUUUUGGACCAGUGGCUGAAGUAUCUUAAGCAAACCGUACCCGCUGUAGCGUUCAAAGCGUCCGUGCAAAGUCAGAGCAGGAACUUGGGGCAGCGGAAGUUUAGCAAAUCGGAGAACACGGUCAAAGGCUCUGCGGCUGUCGGCGCCGAACUCGUAAUGUCCUUGCUGGGCAAUUAUUGUCGAAAUAAAGCCAUUAAAACGUCCAUUACCGUCGGCAUCGUAGGUCUGCCCAACGUGGGAAAAAGCUCCGUGAUAAACAGUUUGAAGCGGUCGCGGGUGUGCAAUGUGGGGGCCACGCCCGGUGUUACGAGGGCCAUGCAAGUCGUACAGUUGGACUCGAAAAUCAAACUCCUGGAUUCGCCCGGUAUCGUUUUCGCCUCCGGUAGCGACGACAGCGCCGCGCUGCGAAACGCGGUGAAAAUUUCGGCCCUCGCGGAUCCCGUGACGCCCGCGAACGCCAUCUUGCAGAGGGUAUCGAAGCAGCAAAUGAUGGAACUGUAUGGUAUCGCGGACUACGGCAGUCCCGACGAGUUUUACAGCUUGAAAGCUACCAGGCACGGUCAGUAUAGAAAAGGGGGCGUUCCCGAUGCGAACGCGGCCGCCAGGGCUCUGCUGGAGGACUGGAAUAACGGGAAAAUUCGUUAUUAUACAUUACCUCCAGAAAGAAGCCCCGAGGGGGACGGUUCCUACGCGAUAGUUUCGGAAUUGGGGAAAGAGUUCGAUUUGGACAAUUUGGAGGUUAUGGAGGUGGACGUUUUGAAUAAAAUCGAAAAAGAGUCGUCGGACGCGAAACGGGGAUUCAUACUGGACAGUUUGGGACCGGUCGAUUCGUUGGACAAUAAGAUGGACGUCGAGGAUCAGACGGGAGGUUUGCUGGGCGCCAACGUUGCGGUGGUGACGAAAAAGAAACUGCCGAAGAAGGAGAAGAACACGGCUGGCAAAGCGGAUCCGGAAAUGUCGUUGGAAGGAAACCAGAUGUUGAACCGCGUGAAGAAGGCGCAGUUUAAAAAACAGAAAAAAGACAAGAGGAGAAAGGAAAAAGUGGCUUUGCAGUUGUCCACCGGUUUGGAAAGUUUUUCUCUGGCAGACGACUCGUCGAGUAAAAAAUUGAAACCGUCCGAGGAUUACGAUUUCGAUACAGAUUACGUUCAAUAAAAGAUUUUUCUGUUGCUCGGUUUUUCUUGUACCCCCCGAUAUCGGUAGCGCGUUAUCAGGUGAGCCCGUCUGUGGUCAAGCUUCCUUGGUACAUG